AUCCAAUAAUUAGCCAUUAUUCCUACUCUACAGUUCAAUUCCCAAACUCUUUCAUUCUAACCCUAGGCGUACACUGCCUUCCCUCAUUCCUAAACAGCAACAAAUAGCCUAUCUUCACAGCAGAUGAGCACUUUAUAGCAAAUUCAGCUUCGUUCUCAGCACAGCGCCGAAGACAUUCAAACGUGUGGUUCACCGGCGAUUCUUGGGUUUGUUCUCGUUUACCCGCCGGCGUUGCUUGGGUUCGUUCUCUACUUCUCUUAGCGUUAUGAUAUAAAAAACCACCAUCAGCUUUCUCUCAACACUCAGGCAAAUCUCCUCCCUUGGUACCUGCUCUUUUCCAACCUGUUUUGGAUUGAAUUAUUUUGUUUCAUUGAUGGGUUUUAUUUGAUGUAUCGGUUGAAUCGAAUUAGAAUGGAUGGGUAUUUAGAUUUUUCCUUAUUCAAUUAAAGUCUUAUUUGCCAGGUUUAUAGCUUGUUUUUGGAUUUUGGUAAAUCUUGAUUUUUCUAGAUUGGUUAAUUUUCUGUUCAGACGGUGUUUGACUAUGCUAAUCAAACAAAGUAUUGGUUUUUUUCCCUGCAUCAUUUGAUACCACGGUUAAUAGAAAUGAUGCAGCCUGAAAUUCUGAUAGUCUCCAGAGUCUUAGGUUUUGGGUUUAGAUGCAGCAGAACCUAUGGAUUUUUUACAACUAUGGUUUUGUAAUAUUUUCAUUUGUUGCUUUUUGGAAGUUUCAAAUGUGCCAAACAAAAAAAGAAUGGAUUGUUUCUAAUUGUUUGCUAUUAGAGUCUUAGACGUUUAGAAGAUAGUUUCUAAUUGUAAGUCUUAGAUUUUUAGAAGAUAGUUUCUAAUUGUAAUUUAAAAAUUUCUUUCCCAACUUUCUGGAUUCAGGUUCAGCAGGUACCAACCCAUUUAAAUAUAAAAAUCAAAUGGGUUUGGGUAACAAGAAGUAAGUGAUUUGGGUUUGAGACGAGUUUGGUAGUAUAUAUUUUAUGUGGGUUUGGGCACCUUCAAUUAUGUGGGUUCCUUGCCCGUUUACAUCUCUAACCUAAUAAGAGUUAGGGUUCGUGGGAAAAAAUUCAUAUAAACAAUCUCGACACAGAAAACUCCUUCCUUCUUCUACAAUUCGUUUUUGUUUGUUUCCGUGGCUUCUAUAAUAAGAUCACAAAGAAAAGCACCAGAAAUUAACAACAAUGGUGCACAUCUCUUUUUAAUAUAACCGUUAGUUUUGCUUUUGUACUACUUUGCUUCUGUUUCUUGACUUAUCAAAGCAUUUUUUCACUGCAUCUGUGAUAUGCUUUGAUUUUGGCUAUUCAGUGAUUUUUCUUGCUUCUCUUAUUCAUAUUGAUGUGGUGUGAUUAUAUAGUGUUUUUAGCUGCUAGUAAUUGUGUUUUUUGGGACUGGUAUAUGACCUCUCUUUGAUUAGCGAUUUUGUAUUUUGAUUUGAUUUUCUGCUUAUUUAGCAGUUAUUUUUCUGCGCAUCUCACUGCAUGUUCAGAUGCUUCAGUGUCAGAAAAAUUACUGAAAUUAGAAAUCAGGUGCAAAAACUGAAGGAAAGAAAAACAUCGAAAGGGAAAAAAAAAUGGAACAAUAUUGACCCAUGCUCCCAGUAGCUGGCCAUAUAUAUGCAGGAUAACAAAGUUUGAGGUCAUGGCUAUAUAUGUGAAGUUUAGUUUAUUAUUGCUUAUUUGGUCAUAUUUUUAUUUAUUUUAAAAUCUAAUAGGCAUAUGAAUGCAAAAAAAAAAAAAAAAAAAAUCAUUUUCUAAUUUAUAAAUAUUAUAUAUUUAAUCAUUUUAUAUUAAAUAUAUUUUUAAAAAUAUCUUUAUAUAUAUUGGACUGAGUCGGGCACAUGCAAAUCCUUUCAGACUGGACCCUCCAAUGAUCUGGUGACACUGAUACUGACAACCUGUUGUUUAUUUUAGAGACAUGCAUUUUUUCACAAUCAUGUUCUUGAUGAUUAACCCUAAAGCAAAAUUGCAUAAAUACUGGACCCAAAUGAUCUCUGCAACUGCAAAAUGCUAAUUAUUUAGCCACAUCACUCAUAGUUUCUCCAACCUAAAUCUUCGAUUGCUUCCUGACAUCUAUUUCAACUCUGAAGAAACACAAAUAUGCAUUCCCUUCGACGCUUAGCAGUUAUUACCAUAAAAAGAGCAACACCUAUCUAUGGACUCAUCUCCACGAUCCCAAAAACGCAUUUUGAUUCAACUGCCCUUUGCAAUUCCCUAUCCACCAAGUCCAACAAAAACGACAACGAUGAAUGGAACGAUGCUUGGGAAACUGCCUGGCUGCCAGAGGACAUCACAGCCAAAAACAGAGCUCCGUGGGAGACGGACGUGAAUUUCCCAUCCAAAGACUCAGCGGUGGCGCUGUCACCAGAGGCAGAUGCAGAGACCAAGGCAUUUGUGGAGGAAAUGAAUGAAAACUGGAACGAAAGGCGUAAAGUGACCAAGACUCAUCAACAACAGCAGCGAGAUAAGGAAGGGAAGAGGGGUCCUGGGGAUGGGACUUCACUUUAUAGUUUGGAGAAUAUGAAGAAGGAUUACAGGUUGAAGAAGCAGAGAAUCCAUGCUGGGUUAUGGAUGAAAGAGAUUGAGAAGCAACAGGAGGCUAAAUUGGGGGAUUCAGGUCUAGCUUCAGCAGAUGAUAUUGACCGGUUGCUUGAUAGCUGCUCUGAGAUUUUUGAUACUGCCAACAAUGACUUGGACAACUCAAGAGCCCCAAGGUCUUCAGAGUUUAAAAGCAAGCCGGAUGGUUGGGAAACAACAUCUAAGGUGCAAGAUGGGAAUAUAUGGGAGAUGUCACAAAGGGAAGAAGAUAUUCUCCUCCAAGAAUUUGAUCGUCGAAUUGCAUACAGCAAAUUCCAGAUAGCUAGUUUUAUCAAGACUCACAUAUUUAGCCGGAGAAGACCGAUUGAUGGGUGGAAAUAUAUGAUAGAGGAGCUGGGACCAAAUGCCAAGAAAGGGAAAGGUAGUGUCUCAAGGAUACCAAGUCUUUCUGACUCAUCAACUCAACCAUUCAAGGAGGAGAGGACAACAGUUGGCAACAAUUUCAUGCCCUUGAAGGGGAAAUAGUUGCAGGUUUCAAUUUUGCAAUUUUGUCACAUAAUCUACAUGCUUCAAUUCAAUUACCUCUCAUGUCAUGUGUUAUAAUUAUUUCUUUCAUUUGCUAUCAUCAAAUGCAAGCAGCACAUGGUUCAGAUUGACCUUGCAUUUGCAUAGCAAAAAUACCCAAAAUUGUGAUUUUGGGGAAUUAGAGAGAAUAAACUGGUGGAUAUUGCUAGUCAUGUUCAAUGUGCUGUGAGAACAAGUACAGGUGAAUGUGAAUUGUUUGUUCCGAUUCAGAAAGCAAUAUUUUCA